AUGGCUUUCAUGUUGGGCAAGCCUCUGGUCUUUCUCGACAGUUUCCAAUUCAUGAGUUCCAGUCUAGAAAAACUGGCUGCCAAUCUUCCUGAGGAUGCUUUCAAAUACACAUCCGGUGUAUUCAAAGAUGAGCAGUUGAGACUGGUGAAACAGAAAGGGGUCUACCCAUAUGAUUAUAUGGACAGCGUUGAUAGAUUCAAUGACAAACAACUACCAUCAAAAGAUAUUUUCUAUAGCAUGCUGACUGAAGAAAAUAUAUCCAAUGAUCAAUAUCAACAUGCUCAGAAUGUUUGGAAUACUUUCCAUCUCAGAAAUAUUACGAUCUUACAGACCUAA